AUGUUUGGCUCUUUGACAAAGGGUAUCGCAAAUAGGGCGAUUGACUGGUGGGUUGGGUACACGCUUGAGAUAUCAUUUGGGAAUACUCUGUUCAUCAGCACAUCUAAGGAAAUUGUGGAAAAAGGAACUCCCAAGGAGAAGAAAUCCAUUCACUACGAUUUCCUUGCGCAGCGGACUUUGGCGGACGCCAUCGUCCUCACGCUCUUCGGACCGGAUCUCGAGCGUGAAGAGUAUCGGUUUGCGGUGUAUACUCAGUAA